CGACUAGUUGGCGGAUGAGACUUCCUUCAAAAGGAGUAUCUCCAUAAUAUUAUCGUUGUGGGAAAAGCAUUUAUGCAAAUGGAAACAAAAUUUUAAGUAUCAUUUUUUUUACAAACCUUUAAAUAAAACAUAAUUAUAAUAAAAAAAGAAGGACAGAAGCCAUGCGGGGUCAGUCAGCACAUGUGGGGGCCGCAUGGUUCACCAGUCUAUCAGACUUCCAGGUCCAGGCCAUUGACGGCCUCUUUGUGGCGCUGCGAGACGACAGCGCCGAGGCAUCUGUGUACCGGACCCAAUUUUGCCUAUCUCGGUUGGGGAUUACGCCCAUGGUGCGGACCCGGUUGCUGAGCAAGUUGAUCACCAUGAGUCGGUGCAGCGAUCUGGCCUUCUUGUUUUUUUUGCGCGAGGCCUGUUACAAGCCCCCGGAAUACGCCUACAGUGCCCGCAUCCUGGAGGGCGGAAUUAUGUAUUUGGACCUGGAGAUGACCAUGAGGGAGCUGGAUAAGAUUCUGCCUCCAGGCGUGGAUAUCACGAACAAAUCGAAUCAGCACCCGACUAAUAGAGCGACUCAUAAAAUGCCUGUUACUGAAAACGUAAAAAAGAAGAAUACCCGGUCACCCUAUUAUGUGCCACUGCCGAAGCCCAAGACACCGGCGAACUUUUCAAGCAAAUUCAGCAGCAAGCCACCACUGCACGUGGUCUCUUUUCCUUUUUGGCCAGCGGGCGAGAAACCGAAAUACAAGGUUAACGAGAACAACAGAUGGUUUGCCGCCUACCGAUUUGAGCCGAUAAGAAGGAUGCUCCUUGAUACGGUAGGCGAAAUCAUGAAUGAAUAUUGGGAGGACAUGGGGGGAGCAGCCGACUUGCAGCCCUUGUGCGAGUUGCACAAGGAAGCUCUCAAGCAGGCCCAGCUCAUCAAGGACGAGGCGGUGGUCAAGGCCAGGGACAUGGCCAAUGCUCUGAUGGAUCUCGAUACGCGAAAGAAUGAGGCUCGUAAAAAGCAAAUCAUAGCCAUGCUGGAUAGGGACAUCGAGGAGUGCACUCGACGGUGGCAGCGUCUGAGGCGUCGGGACCACACGGACGUAAUGCUGCUGGACGAUGAAAAUCAAAUGUGCUCCGUGGACAAGGUUCCGACGGCAGUGGAUUCUAAAAAAAUGAAACACAUUUGCGGGGAGGCGGAUGUUGGAAAACUGAAUGUUGCCCCCAAUUUGGGGGUGCACGUAAUAAAAGGAACGAGAGAUGUUAGUCUCGUAAAGACCCUUCGGAUUUCGGAUCUAGACGUAGAACCCGAUUGCCCUACGCAACCCACAGAAAGAAAGUUGGCCACUUGUCCACCUCAGCUCCUAGGUCGGAAGAAACCCACGAAACGGGUUAAUAUGCAGCAAAAGAUGGCUGAAGGAGUUAAGGACUUUGGACCUUGCCAGAAGCCUCUCAAAAAAGGACGCUUCUUUGAACGGCCACGUCCGAAUGGGCCCUUUGUGUUCCACUACCAUGAGAUUGCUCCAAGAGACGCGAACCCGGGGUCUUUCAAUGUGAUUUGCAAUGAGGCCGUUCGGGUUAUCCGGGAUCCCGAGUCGCAAAUGUCCUGUUCCAGUGACAAUAUCUACAAUUGCCGCCUUGAUCCGUGCACCCAGGUGGUGGCUGCCAUUGUGGCAUGUGUUGAGGAAAUGUGGUCCGGAUCCCUGGAGGCUUAUGAACAAGGACAUCAAGACCAAGAAAAGGACGCGGCAGAUAUUUUGAAUCCAUGCGCCAGAGAAGUGGUAGGGUCGCUAGAUUGGACAAAGACUAUUACCCAUUUCGAUCCCAACGACAAGGCGCUGAUGGAUCGCCUCUUGAAAGAUGGAUUUACUGAGCUUCGUAAGGAUCCGCGCUGUGUCUAUGCCAGUUUCCCCAACUCCCACAAGUCUUUCGUAAUGUUAGAGUGGAUAAAGCGGCGGUAUGGAAAGACGUACACUCAAAAGGAAAUCUGCCGUUUGGUUCGAAAGGGAUUACCCGUUUUCAACCGAAUUGCCAGCACUAUGACCAACCCUCCCAGUCCAAAGCCCGAGGGCUUCACCCCCGAGGAUACCUAUGACGAAGAGGAACGUCUAACCAAACUGGCCAAUGAUCUGAAGAAUGCCUACCGUAUGGAUUUCAACAACGGCAUCCUCGACAAGGCUCGUAAGCUUUGGAUGGCCAUGGUACCCCACCUGAACAAGGAUAGCUCCAUGAUCAAAACAUUCUAUGCUUACCUACCUGUCCGGUACACGGACAUGCUGGCAUAGGAUAUGCCCGACUUUGCAUCGAGCUCCCUGUUUCUCAUGCCAAAUUUCUAGUUUCAAAAUUGUUCUUUAUAUGUUUUUGAAUAUUUUUUGAUGUUUAUAUGAUAAAGCCAUUUAAAUAAAAUAAAAUAUAAGAGUA